AUGGCUAGCGCCAAGUCCGGCACGGGCAAGGUGAGCGGGUCCGUGACGGUCUCGAGCGGCGAGUCGCUGGGCGGUAACUCCGGCAGCGUGUCGCUUUUGACGUCGAAGGCGAGUGGCGGCACGAACGGCGGUGCCAGCGGGUCGAUCAUCGUGCGUGUGGGCUCGGGAGACGCUGCCGUCGGAGGCGACGUGCAGAUCGGUGGCGGCACGAGCGUGAACCAGCAGGGCGUCGGCGGGCGAGUGUCGGUGCAGGGUGGCAACGGCACCGCUACGGGCGGCAACGUGCAGCUGUCCGCGGGAUCUGGUACGUCGGCCCUUGGCGGCAGCGUCCUGAUCUCUAGCGGCAGCGGGGACAGUGCGACGAGCGGUGAUGUGGCCGUGUCGAGCGCGGCAUCGGGAACGGCGCUGACGAGCACGAGCGGGUCGGUGCGGCUGUCGUCGGGCGCGUCGAGCGGUGGUAGCUCCGGAUCGGUGUCGGUCUCGACGGGUGCUUCGACGGGCGGCGCAAGCGGGUCGAUCUCUCUGAGCGUGGGCUCGGGCGACGCGGCUACAGGAGGCUCCGUGAGCGUGGACGGCGGUCAAAGCAGGGCUGUGAGCGGCAAGGGAGGCGCGGUGGCAAUCGGUGGCGGCACGAGCGUGAACCAGCAGGGCGUCGGCGGGCGAGUGUCGGUGCAGGGUGGCAACGGCACCGCUACGGGCGGCAACGUGCAGCUGUCCGCGGGAUCUGGUACGUCGGUCCUUGGCGGCAGCGUCCUGAUCUCUAGCGGCAGCGGGGACAGUGCGACGAGCGGUGAUGUGGCCGUGUCGAGCGCGGCAUCGGGAACGGCGCUGACGAGCACGAGCGGUGCGGUGCGGCUGUCGUCGGGCGCGUCGAGCGGUGGUAGCUCCGGAUCGGUGUCGGUCUCGACGGGUGCUUCGACGGGCGGCGCAAGCGGGUCGAUCUCUCUGAGCGUGGGCUCGGGCGACGCGGCUACAGGAGGCUCCGUGAGCGUGGACGGCGGUCAAAGCAGGGCUGUGAGCGGCAAGGGAGGCACCGGCGGCGAGGUGGACAUCAACGGCGGUGUCGGUUCAGCGGACGUGGGCGGCAGCGUGGUGAUCUCGAGCGGUUCCGGAGCGAGUGCGAACAGUGGGUCUGUGUCCAUGGCUAGCGCCAAGUCCGGCACGGGCAAGGUGAGCGGGUCCGUGACGGUCUCGAGCGGCGAGUCGCUGGGCGGUAACUCCGGCAGCAUGUCGCUUUUGACGUCGAAGGCGAGUGGCGGCACGAACGGCGGUGCCAGCGGGUCGAUCAUCGUGCGUGUGGGCUCGGGAGACGCUGCCGUCGGAGGCGACGUGCAGAUCGGUGGCGGCACGAGCGUGAACCAGCAGGGCGUCGGCGGGCGAGUGUCGGUGCAGGGUGGCAACGGCACCGCUACGGGCGGCAACGUGCAGCUGUCCGCGGGAUCUGGUACGUCGGUCCUUGGCGGCAGCGUCCUGAUCUCUAGCGGCAGCGGGGACAGUGCGACGAGCGGUGAUGUGGCCGUGUCGAGCGCGGCAUCGGGAACGGCGCUGACGAGCACGAGCGGUGCGGUGCGGCUGUCGUCGGGCGCGUCGAGCGGUGGUAGCUCCGGAUCGGUGUCGGUCUCGACGGGUGCUUCGACGGGCGGCGCAAGCGGGUCGAUCUCUCUGAGCGUGGGCUCGGGCGACGCGGCUACAGGAGGCUCCGUGAGCGUGGACGGCGGUCAAAGCAGGGCUGUGAGCGGCAAGGGAGGCGUGGUGGCAGUUCGCGGCGGAGCUGGUACCGCGACA